AUGAGGGUCUUCAUACACAAGCAUUUCCAAAUGAGUAACCUCUACAUUCCCAAGAAUGGCCUUACGGUCAUUCCUGUAUUUGCGUAUGGAAACUGCAUUCCUGAGGCAUUUGUUGCUGAAGCAUCGCCAGAACACCGUGUGGAGAUUGCCAGAACUGUGAGAAGCUGGGUGGCCAAGGUCGUGGGUCACCCAAAUAUUUUCCAAACCCUGGAUGAGCACUAUGGCUUCCGUAAUGCCCAUCCAGGGUACUUCCAGAAUAAUUUUAGCAGGACAAUUGUUCAACAAUUCAUAGCCAAGGAGGGAACCUAUUUCUCCUUCAUCGAGAUGAUCAUCAUGGCUGAGCUAUAUGAUACAGUGGUUGUGGUCCUGACAGAGGCCAGUGAUGAUGAGGACUGCUACACCAUCUAUGCAUCCUUGACCCCAAACCGGCCACGGUUUGUGACUUUCAUACUGUUCCAUGAUCACAGUUGUUCAGAUAACAUGCAUGUGGGACAUGCAGAAGGGAUCAGGUCUGCUAACAUCAACCUGCCUGUAUACACUGACUGGGUAAACACAUUCCCUGUGUUUGACAAGGCUGGAGAACAGUGCCAGCCUGGUGUACCAUACCGUGGCUGGCCAACAGGGGCUCAGUUAGCAAUGGAGGACAUCAAGCGGCAAAUGGGCUCAGAAGUCAGCCCAGGCUCAGAAGUCAGCCCAGGCUCAGAAGUCAGCCCAGGCUCAGAAGUCAGCCCAGGCUCAGAAGUCAGCCCAGGCUCAGAAGUCAGCCCAGGCUCAGAAGUCAGCCCAGGCUCAGAAGUCAGCCCAGGCCCAGGCCCAGGCCCAGGCCCAGGCCAAGUCCCCAGCCUCAGCUCGGGCCCCAGCUCCAGCCUCAGCUUGGGCCUCAGCCUCAGCUCGGGCUCCAGCCCCACCUGGGACCCCAGCCCCACCCCCAGCCUCAGCCUCAGCUCGGGCCCCAGCUCCAGUCUCAGCCUCAGCUCAGGCCCCAGCCUCAGCUUGGGCCCCAGCCCCAGCCCCAUAUCCGGCUGA